CACCACAUAAACAUGGUAAAAACGCUUUCAUGUUUGUCACCGUUUCAUCUUGGAUCCGAGGACCCAGUGUUUGUGUAACAGCUUCACUGCCUCUGAUGAAACGCCAGGCGUGUUCUUUUCUUUUUUUUUUUGUUGAUUCAAGCAACAUGUCGCUGCAAACCUGGAUAAUUGAAGCCAGAAGACAAUCUUCCGCAUUCCUUGCGGUUUUAGCUACAGGGUAGUUAUUAAUACUGUGGGCGUCGAUAUAAUAAAAUACAGCUACUAAACCACAAGUAUGUUUUUAAAGGUGGUGCAACCUUCAAUCCUGAUUAACAAUUACAGGGAUGUGCAUUUCUGCCAUUCUACAAACCUGCAGCACCAUUUUCUACAUUCACCUACUGUCAGUUAUUAGUUCAAGCCUCCAUUUCUAUUCUGUGUUAACAGCUUGUCGUCUGCGUCAGUGUUAACAGGUUCACGUUCCUCAAACUCAACUGGUUUUCUCAAUAAAAACCUCGAAACCAGUUGUUUGAUAAAAUUUGGUUUCAAUCUCCUGUCACUUGACUUCCCUCUCGGUCUGAGUCAUCUGCUCAGACGUCUGUUUACAGUGAGCGGAGCUACAAGACUCAGCUGGAUUCAGAGUUGACUGGCCGGACACACACACACACGCUUCAUUGGAUCAUCAUGGACGUCUCCGAGGAAGACGACUACUUCUACCCCGAUAACGCCAGCUACAACCUCAGCUACGAGGACUACCCCAGCCUGUGUGAGAAGAGCGACAUCCGGUCCUUCGCCGCCGUCUUCCUCCCCGUCACGUACGCCGCGUGCCUGGUGGUGGGCGUGGCCGGCAACGCCGCGGUGGUGGCCGUCUACGCCUGCCACAAGCGCCCGAGGACCCUGACGGACGCGUUCCUCGCCCACCUGGCCGUGGCCGACCUGCUGCUGCUGCUCACGCUGCCCUUCUGGGCCGUGGACGCGGCGCGGGGCUGGGAGCUGAGCUCCGCGGCCUGCAAGCUGGUGUCGGCCUGCUACACGGUCAACUUCACCUGCUGCAUGCUGCUGCUGGCCUGCAUCAGCCUGGACCGCUGCCUGGCGGUGGCGAGGGCCCGGGGGGCGGCGCAGGGCGGGCGUCUGCAGGCGGCGUUCAGCAGGAGGCACUGCUGGAAGGUGUGUGCAGCCGUGUGGGCCACGGCCCUCACGCUCGGCCUCCCGGAUUUACGGUUCUCUCAAGUGGUGCGGUGGGAGGCCUUCAGGGACGUCUGCAUGGCCGUCUACCCUCCAUCCAUGGCUAAAGGCUGGAAAGCCGCCCUGGAGGUGGUGGAGGUUCUGCUGGGAUUCCUGCUUCCCCUGCUGGUCAUGGUGGUCUGUUACUGCAGCGUGGGCCGAGCGCUGAGGGGCCUCCCCACCGAGAGCAGGGGCAAGACGUGGAGGGCCCUGCGCGUCCUGCUGAUGGUAGUGGGGGCGUUCGUGGUCACGCAGCUGCCGUAUAACGCGGUGAAGCUCUACAGAGCCAUGGACUCGGUCUACGCCCUGGUGACCCACUGUGGGACCAGCAAAGUGCUGGACCACGCGGCUCAGGUGACGGAGAGCCUGGCUCUCACCCACAGCUGCCUCAAUCCCCUCCUCUACGCCUUCGCCGGCACCUCGUUCAGGCAGCACAUGAUGAAAGUGGCCAAGAGGUUUGGAGAAAGGGGGAGGAGGAGGAGGAGGGGGGGCGGCCCUGCAGUGGAGGAAGGGAUGGAGACGUCACUCAACUCUCACACGGCAUCUCAAGACACGUGCACAUUCUCCAUAUGAGCUGAUGUUCUAGUGAGAGCUGAUGGUUACAGUAGUUAACAUGUAAAAGAUCAGGUACAGUAGUUGUUGUGUGAUGAUGGGAGGACGGCGACAGAGGAAGCGUGUGUGAACGUCAUUAGGCCGUGGUUUUAUUCCCCAGGUCCUUUUACGUCAGAGGUGCCGGUUUGCUGAAACUUGUUUAUGCUUUGAGUGAUGCAUAAAAAAGGAAUCUGGCUUAAUUUUAGGUUUAACCAGAAUUUAUUUCUCGAGCCAAGACAAACAAUGUUUUGAUAAAUGUGUAUAUUUCACAAUACAGACACAAGUGAAUGUCUAAAGAAUCACAAGUCAAAUUGGGUUCAUUCUGAAGCAGCAAAGAGAUUUUAAAGUUGUAAGUGAGUUGUCAUUAAACUAGUUCUAAAAACCAAA